AGUUCUAAGGAGUAGAUCUCUCCUAGAGAGUGUGCAUGCGUGUGUUUCUCUCAGCCCAUCCCAGGCUUUCCUCUUGCGUAAGCUUCAUCUUCUCCUCCCUGUGCUGGGACGCACCUGCUUGUUUGGAGAACCGCUGAUUUACAAUGCAGAUGAGCGGCUCUUUGCUUGUCUGUGCUGGUCGUCCCUAAGUUUCCCUGGCAUAUAAGAGGUUGUUUGGUGCCUGAUGCCAAGGGCAGCGGUGGCAGAGAACACGAUGUGAGAGGCAGAGAUCAAGAAGAGGGGGGCCAAGAAAGAGCAAGCCCCGCAGCUGCCCUGUUGGCUGAGGGGCAGAUCUGUGGGACAGAAUGUCGAUGCUCACACCCAUCCUGAAGCCCCUCGAGGUGAAGGAGUAUCUAUCCAAGGGCGAGCGCUUCAUCAAGUGGGACGAUGACACAACGAAUGCUUCGCCUGUGAUUCUCCGGGUAGAUCCAAAGGGUUUUUACUUAUAUUGGACAUAUCAGAAUAAGGAAAUGGAAUUUUUGGAUAUAACCAGCAUCCGAGACACCCGAGUAGGAAAAUUUGCCAAAAUCCCCAAGAGCCAGAAGCUCCGAGAGGUUUUUAACUUGGAUUUCCCAGACAACAACUUCCUGCUCAAAACCCUGACUGUUGUGACCGGCACCGAUAUGGUGGAUCUCACAUUCCACAAUUUUGUCUCCUACAAAGAGAGAGUUGGCAAGAGCUGGGCUGAGGAUAUCAUGGCCAUCGUUAGAAACCCACUGACAUUCAAUGCAUCUCGCUACACUUUCCUGGAGAAAAUCCUGGUGAAGCUGAAGAUGCAACUCAGCGCUGAAGGAAAAAUUCCUGUCAGGAAUAUUUUUCAGCUGUUUCCUGCAGACAGGAAGAGGGUAGAAGCUGCAUUACAUGCUUGUCACCUUCCAAAGGGCAAGAAUGAUGCGAUCAAUCCAGAGGACUUCCCUGAGAAAGUGUAUAAAACCUUCCUGAUGAACCUGUGUCCCCGUCCGGAGAUCGAUGAGAUAUUCACCUCUCACCAUUCGAAAGCCAAGCCCUACAUGACCAAAGAGCACUUGGCAAAGUUUAUCAACAAGAAACAGCGAGAUUCCCGCCUCAAUGACAUCCUUUUCCCUCCUGCCAAACCAGAGCAGGUGCAGGGCCUGAUAGAGAAGUAUGAACCCAGUGGGAUUAACAUCCAGAGAGGGCAGUUGUCUCCAGAGGGGAUGGUUUGGUUCCUCUGUGGCCCUGAAAACAAUAUUGUAUCACUGGACAAAGUGGUGCUGUACCAGGACAUGACCCAGCCACUCUCACAUUACUUCAUCAACUCAUCACACAACACCUACUUGACAGCUGGCCAGUUUUCUGGCAUCUCAUCUCCUGAAAUGUAUCGCCAGAGCCUGCUGUCUGGCUGCCGUUGUGUGGAGCUGGACUGCUGGAAGGGUCGUCCCCCAGAUGAGGAGCCCAUCAUCACCCAUGGAUUCACCAUGACAACUGAGAUUCUCUUCAAGGAUGUCAUUGAGGCCAUUGCAGAAAGUGCUUUCAAAACCUCUCUCUACCCAGUUAUCCUGUCCUUUGAGAACCAUGUUGACUCGCCCAAGCAGCAGGCUAAGAUGGCUGAGUACUGCAGGACCAUAUUCGGGGACAUGCUGCUGACAGAGCCACUAGAAAAAUAUCCACUGAAGCCGGGCGUUCCCUUGCCAAGCCCUCAGGAUCUCUUAGGGAAAAUCCUGAUUAAGAACAAAAAGAACCAAUCUGCAUUUGAAGAUAGGCGGGACUCUCUGAAGAAAGAGAGGAAUGAAGCUACUGACCAGCCUGUCACAGUGGAUGUCUGGGCAGGUGAUGUGACCGAAGAGGACCCAGAGGAAGAGGAGGAGGAAUCUGGAAACUUGGAUGAAGAACAGAUUAAAAAGAUGCAGUCAGAUGAGGGCACUGCUGGCUUGGAAGUGACAGCUUACGAGGAAAUGUCCAGCCUGGUUAAUUACAUCCAGCCCAUCAAAUUUGACUCCUUUGAUACCUCAACAGAACAGAACCGAAGUUAUGUCAUCUCCUCCUUCACCGAAAUAAAGGCUUAUGAUCUACUGACCAAAUCCGCUGUGCAGUUUGUAGAAUAUAACAAGCGACAGAUGAGCCGGAUUUACCCCAAGGGCACCCGGAUGGACUCAUCCAACUACAUGCCUCAGAUGUUCUGGAACGUCGGCUGUCAAAUGGUGGCCUUAAACUUCCAGACAAUGGAUGUCCCCAUGCAACAGAAUAUGGCCCUCUUUGAGUUCAACGGCCAGAGCGGCUACCUUCUCAAACACGAAUUCAUGCGGCGUCCAGACAAGCAGUUUGACCCUUACUCUGUGGACCGCAUUGACGUGGUGGUAGCAAGCAUCCUGUCAAUAACGAUCCUUUCUGGCCAGUUCCUCUCAGAGCGCAGCGUGAAGACAUAUGUAGAAGUGGAACUGUUUGGUUUGCCAGGGGACCCAAAACGUAAAUACAGAACCAAGCUGACAUCAAGUGCCAAUUCCCUCAACCCUGUAUGGAAGGAGGAGGCUUUUGUUUUUGAAAAGAUUCUGAUGCCAGAGUUGGCUUCUCUCAGAAUUGUGGCUUUGGAGGAAGGAGGAAAGUUCAUUGGUCAACGCAUCAUUCCCAUUAUUGCUGUGCAUUCAGGCUAUCACCACGUUUGCCUUCGCAGUGAGAGUAACAUGCCACUCACUAUGCCCUCCCUCUUUGUGUACCUGGAGAUGAAGGACUAUGUCCCUGACACUUGGGCAGAUCUGACCGUUGCUCUCUCCAACCCCAUUAAGUUCUUUAAUACCCAGGACAAGAGUUCAGUGAAGCUGAAACAGGGUUCUGCAGAGGGGCCUGACAUGCAGAAGAAGCUUACAGCAGCUCAAACCAACGGGUUACCAAAUUCCACCAGGACUUUUAGUUUGCAUUCUUCAAAUGGACCUGCAGGAGCUAUGGCCCUGGGGAAGGAAGAAACUAAAAAAGAAGUUGCAAAAGAAGUUGCAGAGCUCCAAACAGCCAGCCUUGAGGAACUGCAGAAGAUGAAGCUUUUUAUGAAGCUGCUGAAGAAACAGGAGAAGGAGCUGAAGGAGCUGGAGCGAAAGGGAAGCAAGCGCAGGGAAGAGCUGCUGCAGAGAUAUUCAGCCCUGUUCUCCGAGUUGGUCACCCAGUGUGGCAGGAAGAAGAUCGCAUGCCCUCGGAAAACCCAGAAAAAGAAAAGGAGUUUGACUGUAGAGGAGGUCAGUGCAGGAGGGAAUCCAGCAGAGAUGGCAGAGAAUGCUGACAGCCGAGUCUUGGAGCUGAAGGAGAAGCUGGAAAUGGACCUAAUGCAAGUGUGGGAAGAGCAGUAUGAUGGGAUUCGGAAAAAGAAAGAGCAGCAUGCCACAGAGCAAAUUGCCAGACUAAUAGAAGUAGCAAGGGAGAAGCAGGCAGCUGAGCUGAAGGCACUGAAGGAAUCGUCAGAAAGUGAUACUAAAGAGAUAAAGAAGAAGCUGGAGGCAAAGAGACUGGACCGAAUCCAAGUCAUGACCAAGAGUACCAUUGACAAGACUGCUCAGGAGAGAUUAAAGAGAGAAAUUAAUAAUUCACACAUUCAGGAAGUGGUGCAGAUGAUCAAACUGAUGACAGAAAAGAUGAUCAAGUACCAAGAGAAACUGGAAGAGAAGCAGGCAGAUUGUUUAGAAAAGAUCAAGGAGAAAGAAAGCCAGCUCCAGAAGGAGGCCUUGGCAGAAUAUGAGGAGAAAGUGAAAACCCUUAGCAUGGAGGUACAAGAUUUGGCAAGCAACUGUGUGAAAGUCUGCUUCCCUCUGGAGGCUAAUAUCAAGAAGGAAGAAGCCCUGAACACAAGCAGUGAAGGAAAACAAGGCUCUAAGGACCAACCAGAAGGAAAGAUACCUGUAGCUGAGAUAUCAGGGCUUGAGACAUCCAUGGCUGAGACCUCCAUAGCUCAGACCCAAAAAGAGGCGCUUCCACAGACUAGAAGCGAGUUGGAAUGUCACUUUAAGGAACCUCAUGCCAUCAGUGCACCAUUUUCCCUCUCUCAAACAGAAUAGUGCUCGCUCCAUGGAUUUCUCCUAUCGGCAGAGGAAAGAAGAAUCUCAAAGAGCAUUAUGCUGGUGUUCACAUACCAUUUUAGAUAAAUUGCAGUGGAAAAAAACCCCUAGGAAAUGGAAGGAGAGUACUCUACGAUCAGUUUUCUAGAUUUUUUUUAAAUGUCUUCUUUUUCCUAGUGACUAUUUUUAACUUCUGCUGUAUCUUUUGGAAGCUGGUGGUUCUACAGAUAGGUUUUAUGGGACCCAUUUAGACUUGGGUUGACCCCUCAUAGAAUGUAUAGAUAGAAAAUCUGUAAGGGACUCUCUAAUACUCACCUGUAGAAAUAAUGCAGAGAAAUGAGCCAUUUCUCCCAUUUGUUACUACAAAAUAACCUAGAGAACUCCUGUCCAAUUCUCUGUGGACAUUCCAUAAAGUUUUCUACAGAGCUGCAUCAAGAUUCUUCUAAUGAAGCUAUGAUAACUCCAUAUUUGGGGCCCUUUUGGAAGCAUACAGUCACAAUUUUGAAAACUUUUAAUUUAUUUUAAGGGUAAAUAAACAGAGUUUCCUUAAAUGUUCCUCAUAAUGUAAGGACACUUGUUCCAUUGGCUGGCCUACCAAAAAGUACAGCAAUUUGUUUCAAAACCUGCCUCAAAAUGUUGUGCGUGAGCUAAAACCUCCUAUUCACUAUGCUUCUGUACCAAUGUAUUAGAACAAAAGCUCGGCAAACUCUCCUGCAGGCAGUGCAGUCUGAAGAAGUACAGUGUGGGAGGAAUCAGGGAAGAGAAACUAUCUCAGCUUGCGAGGGGCUCAAGGAGGUUUUUUUAUGCUGUUUGCCCUUUGUCACUCGUGCUGCCAUGCACUGUGUGUAACAGUGCAGUCUGUAGCAUCUUCCCUACAGUAGCUACAGAUUUCUGACUUCCUUAGUAGUUAUUUCUAGCUGUAAUUGCAGUCUGAAGGGCAUAAUACACAUGUUUAAUUACACAGCUUAAUUUUGAAGUAUGUUAGUCCUGACCUUAAGACUUCCUGCAUUUUUUGACUACAAAUGGGAGUAUGUGACCCUUAGAUUGUCUGAGACCUGGUGUCCAUUUGCUGCUGCUGCUCUCGGGUAAUACCAGAGGUGAAAGUAAGCUGGUAUGGUCCAGUACAGCAUACCGGCAAGAGCCGGUACACCGUGCCGGACCAGACUGGCUUCUCCUGCGGGGAGCUUCGGGCCCUUUAAACCGCUGCCCGAGGCCCGCUGCUGGAGCUCCGGUGGCGCUUUAAAGGGCCUCUGGCCUUUUAAAUCACCACCGGAGCCCUGCCGCCACUACCCC